UCUGAACAGAAGCUUAUUUUCUGCAUCUGAAUUCGAAAUCAACUAUAUCAAAAUACAAAAAUUCCUGUUAUCACUUUAUUAUUAUUUUUUAAAAAUUGUUUUGUUCAGCACUAGCCUUUGCAUUCCAUGCUACUGUGCGUCGGCCCUGAGGCUCCGCGUGGCGGAAAUAAACAUGGCGGUAUCAAAGGUCAGGUCGGGGGGGGGAGGAGGGGGGCAAAUCGGAGAAGUGGGCUACGCAGAUAAUAGUAUCAAAGAUCUCGCGACAUCCGUAAUUACGUAAACUUCACGGCCGCGUGGCAUAUUUUCUUUUUCUUCCUCCUGUCUCGCGGGUUUCCGGCCGUCUGCUAUGCGGAGACCGAGGAACCGUCCCGCCUUCGACGAAGGUACGGUCCACUAACUGUCAAGCGGAGAGGGAGUCGUGACAUUGACGUGACAUUCAAAUUUUAGCCGGUCCAUGCCGCGCGGCCACGCCGCCGAUUUCGUUAAUCGCUCGUAGUGUCGUGAUAGAACAACAUGGGCGGCAAGUGGUCCAGCAUGGAUCCCUCGCAAGUCGAGGUACCGGAGAUAAAAGCUCUCCUCGAGAGGGAUCCGUAUCUGAAACCGUAUGAAAAUGAUAUUCGGCGAAGAUAUGCUCUGUUUUUGGAUUACGGCGAGAAGAUAGAGGAGGGGGACGGAGACCUCAGGCAAUUUACUACUGCGUAUGAGAGCUUUGGUAUUCAUAUCAAGGAUGACAAUAGUGUUGUUGCAAAGGAAUGGGCACCUGGUGCACAGGAGGUAUUUCUGACUGGAGAAUUCAAUAAUUGGCAAAAAACUGCUGUGCCAUACAAGAAAUUAGAAUAUGGUAAAUGGGAGUUGCAGCUACCUCCAAAUGCAGAUGGCAGUUGCCCUUUGAAACACAAUUCCGAAGUGAAGCUUAUUAUCAAAAAUCAGAAUAAUGAACUACUUGAAAGACUAAGUCCUUGGGCAACUUAUGUGACGCAGAAACCAGAUAAAUCUGAAGGCACUACUUACAAACAACGUAUAUGGCAUCCAGAAAAUACGUACAAGUUCAAACAUCCUAAACCGAAGAAACCGAAUAGUUUCAGAAUUUAUGAAUGUCACGUUGGAAUUGCUACUCAAGAAUGUCGUGUUGGCACUUACUUGGAAUUUGCCAGAGAUGUGAUACCACGGAUUGUAAAGCAAGGAUACAAUGCCAUACAAAUAAUGGCAAUCAUGGAACACGCUUACUAUGCUAGUUUUGGAUAUCAGGUAACUUCCUUCUAUGCGGUUUCCUCUCGCUAUGGAAAUCCAGAGGAAUUGAAAGAGCUAGUCGAUGUAGCGCAUCAACAUGGUCUUUACGUUUUGCUGGAUGUUGUACAUUCGCACGCUUCCAAAAAUACCUUGGACGGGCUGAAUAUGUUUGAUGGUACGGAUGCAUGCUUCUUCCAUAGUGGAGCUCGUGGCGAGCACACGCUGUGGGACAGCAGGCUGUUUAAUUACGCGGAAUACGAGGUACUUCGGUUCCUACUCUCCAAUCUACGUUGGUAUAUCGAGGAAUAUGGUUUUGAUGGAUUUAGGUUUGAUGGAGUCACAUCAAUGUUGUAUCAUUCGAGAGGCUUGGGACAAGGUUUCAGUGGUCAUUAUGAUGAAUAUUAUGGUUUGAAUAUCGAUGUAGAGGGCAUAGUGUACUUAAUGCUCGCUAAUCACAUGCUGCAUGAAAUAUAUCCUGAAAUUGUUACAAUAGCUGAAGAUGUUAGUGGAAUGCCAGGCGUUUGUAGACCGGUCACCGAAGGUGGUAUGGGAUUUGACUACCGAUUAGCUAUGGCCAUUCCUGACAAAUGGAUUAAAUUGUUGAAAGAAGUCAAAGACGAUGAAUGGAAUAUGGGCGACAUUUGCUGGACACUUUCCAAUCGAAGAUGGAUGGAAAAAGCGGUCGCCUAUUCUGAAUCUCACGAUCAGGCUCUCGUGGGCGACAAGACGAUUGCAUUCUGGCUCAUGGACAAGGAAAUGUAUACACACAUGAGCACAAUGAGUUCACACAGCGAUAUCAUCUCUCGUGGCAUUGCCCUCCACAAUCUAAUCACACUGAUCACGCAUGCUCUAGGUGGCGAGGCUUAUCUAAACUUUAUUGGCAAUGAGUUUGGCCAUCCCGAAUGGCUGGACUUUCCAAGGAUUGGAAACUCAGACAGCUAUCAUUAUGCCAGACGUCAGUGGAAUUUAGUAGAUGACGAAUUGCUGAAAUAUAAAUACAUGAAUAAUUGGGAUCGUGCUGUGAAUAUGCUUGAAGAGAAGUAUGGAUGGUUGCAUGCCAAUCCUGGCUAUGUAAGCUGGAAACACGAAGACGAUAAAGUGAUCGUAUUCGAUCGUGCUGAUCUCGUGUUCGUCUUUAACUUUCAUCCAGUCAAGUCGUUCGCUGAUUAUCCAAUCGGUAUAAAAAAUCCAGGAACAUACAAAGUCGUUUUGUGCAGCGAUGAUGAACAAUUUGGGGGAGAACGUCGCGUAGACACGAGUGUAAAGCAUUUUACGCAACCAGAAUCGUUUUCUGCAUAUCAAAACAAAAUGAUGGUCUACAUUCCGCGCCGUACAGCAUUAGUUUACGCACAAAUUGACUGCUAACUGUUGUGACUGAAGACUGUGAAAAUCGCAUAAUGAUAAAUCACAUUUAUCUAAUAAUCUAGUAGUACAAAUAAAUGCAGAGAUCAUAUUUUUAUAGAAUUAAUUUGAUAAAAUAUACAUAUGUUUAUACUUAAGAAAUUUGCAUAUAAACAUCGUAUAUUCUGAAAAAUAAAUUUGUGAAUAUAACUCUA